AUGAGAUCUGCACCACAGCAAGAGGGCAUGACAGAGGGGACUUUGUAUCCCAAGGUGAAGGUAAGACACUAUGACGACGGUGAACUUGGUCUCAAAGCUUUCCUCUCUCUGUAUCUGCACCCAUCUUCUCCAGUGACAGACCACAAAGUUGUCUCCAUGCCCUCUGUUGUCAAAGUACCAAAGUGUUAUGUGCCGCAUGUACCUAUUCCAAGAGUACCCGUAACUGAAGAAGAUUCUGGAGACUUCAGUUCGGCAUCUGAUUCUUCGGUAACUACAGGAUCUGAGAAGAAUGGCAGUACUGAUGAAAAUAAAGUGAAUAUUAGAGCCAGUUCAAUUCCUCCCCCUCGUGCUGUCAUUUCUAGUCCUGAUAAUGACAUAAUUAUUGGGAAUAGAAACAAGAUUAAAGAUGGAAGACUUUCUGCUUCAAAGAAUGGUGUUAUAUUGCCAAAUAGACAUGCACACUGUAAAGUUAAAUCACAUGAUGUUUCUGAUGUUCCUCCAGAGACUAAGAAACCCAGGGAGCCUGGGUCUAAAGAUGAAAUUGAUUCUGUAGGAAAGAAAAAGGUCCAUAAAGGUAGCAUAAAAUUCGAAAAGGUGCCCUGGAAGUUUUAG